AUGGGUGCCCUCAAGUAUGUCGAAGAACUUCAGAAGAAGAAGCAGUCGGAUAUGAUGCGCUUCUUGAUGCGCGUCCGCCUUCGCCAACUUAAGGUCAUCCACCGCGCCAGCCGCCCCUCGCGCCCCGACAAGGCCCGCCGCCUCGGAUACAAGGCCAAGCAGGGCUACGUUAUCUACCGCAUCCGCGUCCGCCGUGGAGGUCGCAAGAGGCCCGCUCCCAAGUACACUAAUAAGCCAACAGGCAAGCCCACCAACCAGGGUAUCAACCAGCUCAAGUACCAGCGCUCUCUCAAGUCGACUGCUGAGGAGCGUGUCGGCCGCCGCUGCGCUAACCUCCGCGUCCUCAACUCCUACUGGAUCAACCAGGACUCGACCUACAAGUACUACGAGGUCAUCUGCGUCGACCCCCAGCACAAGGCCAUCCGCCGCGACCCUCGCAUCAACUGGAUCGUCAAGCCCGUCCACAAGCACCGCGAGAGCCGUGGACUCACUGCCACUGGCAAGAAGAGCCGUGGUCUUGGCCGUGGACACAAGUUCAACCACACCACUGCCGGCAGGAGGAAGACCUGGAAGAGGAACAACACCCUCUCUCUCUGGCGCUACCGCUAA